AUGGGCGGAAUUGGUAAGACAACUCUUACCAAAAAAGUAUAUGAGAAUGAAUUAGUGAACGGACAUUUUGAUUGCUGUGUUUGGAUCACCGUGUCUCAGCCAUACAAUGUGUCCAAGAUACUCAUGUCCAUGACAAAGCAAAUCUACCAGGCAAAAGAAACUACUCUAAGGCAAAUAAACAUGGCAAACGAGAUCACACUAAUUAGCCAGCUGAGGAAAUGUUUACAGCAAAAGAGGUAUGUUGUGGUUUUUGAUGAAGUCUGGAAGAUAGAGUUUUGGGAAAUUAUGAAACAUGCUUUACCAUGCAAUGACAGAGGUAGCAACAUUAUCAUCACAACACGUAGUGAUCUCAUUGGUGUUUCUUGUAAAGAAUCUUUAUUUGAUCAAGUGCACAAGCUACAACCUCUAUCUCAAGACAAGGGUUGGGAAUUGUUUUGCAGAAAGGCAUUCCAGAUCGAGUUCCAGAGGUGUUGUCCGAGAGAGUUGGUGAUAAUGUCGAUGGACAUUGUCAAAAAAUGUGAAGGCCUACCACUUGCAAUUGUUGCCAUAGGUGGUCUUUUGUCAACAAAGGAGAAGGUGUCGUUAGAAUGGCAAAAGUUGCACGAUAGCCUCAAGGACUACUCAAUAAGUGGUUCAAGAUUACUUUGGCUAUGUGUAGCUGAGGGCUUUAUAAAAGGAAAGAAGGGAAAAACAUUGGACGACGUAACAAAAGAAUACUUAAUGGAGCUCGUCCAUAGAAACUUGGUUCAAGUUUCAUUUGGGGAGCAUGAUUAUGAGAUAUACAGAAUGUAUAGAAUCCAUAAUCUGCUGCAUAAAAUCAUCCUAUCGAAGGCUGCAGAGUUGAAUUUUUAUCAAGUUCUAGAAGCUGGUGACACAACUUCCCUUGGAAAAAGUCGGUGCCUAUCAAUCCGCGAUGUUCGAGAAAAUGUUUCGAGACAAUUCAAGCUUUUGAAAGUGUUGGAUUUCGAAGAUGCUCCGAUUGAUUAUCUUCCUCAAGAAGUGAGUAAUUUAUUCCACUUGAAGCACUUAAGUUUGAAGAGAACAAAAGUGAAGAUACUUCCAAAAUCGGUGGGUAGGCUACAGAACCUACAUACACUAAAUGUCGUGGGAACUGCAGUGCAUGAGUUACCAAUUGAGAUAUUUAGGCUUUACAAGUUGAGACUGAUUUUGGCUCAUUCUCAUGACUUCGAAAUUAAAAAUACCUUUUAUUCAAUGAGAGGUGCAAAAGUGCAUGAAGGGGUUGGAUGUUUAAACGACUUGCAAGCGCUAUCAUUUAUUGUGGCAAAUCAUUCUGGGGUUGGUUUAUUUGAAGAGCUCGGAAAGUUGAGUUAA